AUGCGCCGCUCCUACCUCGACUACGCCAUGAGCGUGAUCGUGUCGCGCGCGCUGCCCGAUGCGCGCGACGGCCUGAAGCCGGUGCAGCGCCGCAUCCUCUACGCGAUGAAGGAAGGCGGCUACGACUCGACGCGGCCCUUCCGCAAGUCGGCGCGCAUCGUCGGCGACGUGAUGGGCAAGUAUCACCCGCACGGCGACAGCGCGAUCUACGACGCCAUGGUGCGCAUGGCGCAGGACUUCUCGAUGCGCCUGCCGCUGAUCUCGGGGCAGGGCAACUUCGGCUCGAUGGACGGCGAUCCGCCGGCUGCGAUGCGUUACACCGAGGCGCGUCUCGCCACGGUCGCCGAGACGCUGCUCGAGGACAUCAACAAGGACACCGUCGAGUUCCAGCCGAACUACGACGAGCGCGAGAGCGAGCCGACGGUGUUGCCGGCGGCCUAUCCGAACCUGCUGGCCAACGGCGCCGGCGGCAUCGCGGUGGGCAUGGCGACCAACAUCCCGCCGCACAAUCUCGGCGAGCUGAUCGAUGCCUGCCUGGCGCUGAUCGCCAAUCCCGAGCUGACCGUGCCGCAGCUCAUGGAAUACGUGCCGGGUCCUGACUUCCCGACCGGCGGCAUCAUCCUCGGCCGCAAUGGCAUCCGUGCCGGUUUCGAGCUCGGUCGCGGCUCGAUGAUCAUGCGGGCCAGGACCAACAUCGAGACGAAGGCCGGCGGCCGCGAAUCGAUCGUCGUCACCGAGAUUCCGUACCAGGAGAACAAGGCCCGGCUGCACGAGCGCAUUGCCGAAGUCGUGCGCGACAAGAAGGUCGAGGGUAUCUCCGAGAUUCGCGACGAGAGCGACAGGGACGGCGUGCGGCUGGUCAUCGACCUGAAGCGCGAUGCCAUGGCCGACGUCGUGCUCAACCAGCUCUAUCGCUUCACGCCGUUGCAGACGAGCUUCAGUGUCAACGCCCUGGCGCUCGACGGUGGCCGCCCGAAGCUGAUGAGCCUCAAGGAGCUGCUCGAGGCCUUCAUUCGGUUCCGCGCCGAAGUGCUCACCCGGCGCACCCGUUUCGAACUCAACCAUGCGCGCGACCGUGCCCAUGUGCUGGUCGGUCUGGCGAUCGCCGUCGCCAACAUCGACGAAGUGAUCGAAAUGAUCCGCCGCUCGCCCGAUCCGAACGUGGCGCGCGAGCGCUUGAUGGCCAAGGAUUGGCCGGCUGCCGACGUGAAGCCGCUGAUCGACCUGAUCGCCGAGCCCGGUCGUGAAGUGUCGGCCGAGGGAACCUACCGGCUGUCCGAGGUGCAGGCCCGCGCGAUCCUCGAGCUGCGGCUGCAGCGCCUGACCGGAUUGGAGCGCGACAAGAUCGCCGAAGAGCUGACCGAAGUCGCAAAGCUGAUCGAGGGUUAUCUCGAGCUGCUGGGCGACCGCGACAAGCUGUUCGCGCUGAUGGCCACGGAGCUUGUCGAGAUCAAGGACAAGUACGCCACGCCCCGCCGCACCGAGAUCCUCGACAACGAGUUCGAGCAGGACAUCGAGGACCUGAUCCAGCGCGAGGACAUGGUCGUCACGGUGACCCAUGGCGGCUACGUGAAGCGCGUGCCGGUCUCGGCCUAUCGCGCGCAGCGCCGCGGCGGGAAGGGCCGUUCGGGCAUGUCGACGCGCGAGGACGAUUUCGUAUCGAGCCUGUUCGUGGCCAAUACGCAUACGCCGAUGCUGUUCUUCUCCAGCCGCGGCAUCGUCUACAAGCUCAAGGUCUGGCGGCUGCCGCUCGGCGCCCCGCAGGCGCGCGGCAAGGCCUUCGUGAACCUGCUGCCGCUCACCGAGGGUGAGACGAUCAGCACGGUCAUGCCGAUGCCGGAGGACGAGGCGAGCUGGGCGACGCUCAACGUCAUGUUCGCCACCGCGCGCGGCGGCGUGCGGCGCAACGAGCUCGGCGAUUUCGUGAACGUGAACCAGAACGGCAAGAUCGCCAUGAAGUUCGAGGGCGAGGAUGCCGGCGACCGCCUGAUCGGCGUCGGCGUCUGCAGCGAGGACCAGGACGUGCUGCUGGCGACGCGCCAGGGCCGCGCCAUGCGCUUCCCGACCGACAAGGCCGACCGCGACCGCAUCACGGUGGUGCCGUUCGAGGGGCUGCUGAUCCACUUCGCCCGCGACGUGAAUGCCUCGGUCAUCAUCCGCGGACUGCGGGCGGUCUCGGACUUCGAAUACGAGAUCCAGAUGGCCAACAUGAAUGCCCGCAUGGAGCCUGCGAUCGAGACCAUCUUCCUGAUGGCUUCGGACCGGCACCAGUUCAUCGCCUCGUCGCUGGUGAAGGAUAUUGCCCGGCUGGGCGGGGAUACCUCCCAGUUCGUGUCCAAGAAGGUGUUCGAGCGCCUCAAGGCCAAAUUCAGCAAGAAGUGA